AUGCAUCCAUUCAUGGUUUCGUUCCGCGCUCUGUUCGUCGCCGCCACCGCUGCGCUGGUCGGCUCCACCGCCGCCACCGAGGCUGCCGGCGCCAAGCUGCCCGUCUUCUUCUUCCACGGUGCCACGGGCAACAAGACCAACGGCGCCGAGAUCGAGGCCAACCUCAAGGCCGAGGGCCGCACGUACGUGGCCCUCGACUUCUGCCAGAACGCGUGCUCGGUGCGUACGGCCCUGUCGACCCAGGUGCAGAUGGCCAUCAAGCAGAUCCGCGGCAUCGUGGCCGCGAGCCCCGCCACCUACGCCAACGGCUACCACUUCCUGGCCCACUCGCAGGGCGGCUCGGUGGCCCGUGGCGUGGUCGAGGAAAUGGACGACCACAACGUACACUCGUACAUCUCCAUGGCCGGUGACGGCCAUGGCAACUUCUUCGGCCCGCAGGCCUCGGACGCCGUGCCGCUCCAGGUGCUGCUGCAGGCCCUCGGCCCGUACGCCAUCGACAAGGCCGACUUCGACUUCGCCAAGUACGCGGCCGACUCGACCUCGUGGAAUGGCAAGUUCCAGAGCGACCUGAUCCAGACGAUCACCACGAACCAGGCGCUGCAGGGCAAGAGCUCCAUCGCCAACAUCAUCACGCCCCCGCUGGCCGGCGCCGCGCUCAACAACUGGCUCGACAACGACCCGUUCCUGCCCAAGGUCAACAACCUGCAGAACUGCGGUGCCGACGCCAAGUGCAAGGCCGACCAGGCCCGCCGCAAGGCCAACUUCUCCAAGCUCAAGGCCGCGCACUUCUUCGCGUCGCCGCAGGACGACGUCCAGGCCCCGUGGCAGACCUGCAUCCUGGGCAAAUACUCGACUGUGGCCACCCUGGACGAGAUCGAGACCAAGUUCGCCGACUUCACUAUUGUCCCCAUGAAGGAGACCGUCGAGUACACGGACGACCUGUACGGCCUCAAGACGCUGGACACGGCCGGCGCUCUCCACAUCCACGAGGUGCCCGACGUGCCGCACAACUGCUGCCCGCCGAACAUGACGCGCGCCUCCCGCGCGGAGAAGCCCAGAGCUGUCGCGCAGUCGCGGCGCUCGCACAGCGCGCGCUUCAGGUCGCCGACGGUGGUGAAGCGCGGGUCCACGUCCACGAACUCCGUCGACUGGUCGGGGAACACGCCCUUGACGUGCAGCAGGCCGCCGCGCACAGACGCGUUGACCACGGGCUCCAGCAGACGCGCGUCGUCUUCGGCUUCAACAUCCUGCGGCUCGUUGUCUGUGCCCAUGACGUCGUCGUCGUCGAGGCCGAACCUGGUGGAGGAGCCCGACGGGAGGCUCUCGGCCGCCGAGCUGUCGAGCGCCAGGCCCGACGCGCCUGCAGUGGGCGCAUCGCCGAGAGACGCCAGAAGACUCAGCGACUGGUCCGCGCUGUCGAUCAGGCGCUGCACCGCCGCGCUGCGCCGCGCGCUGGCGCCGCCGGAAGAGGAGCGUCCCGCCAUCGAGUGGAUGGAUUCCAGAACGUUUUUGCGUAUCAAGAGUUCAGAGCAGCCGAAUUUACGACCACCUAACAUGAGCCUGGCAGAGGACGCCGUUCUGCUGGACAAGUCCCCGUUCCCGCCGCUGCAGUUGUCGUACGAGGAGCAGCAGCACUGCCAUGACGUGAGCCUCCAAUUGCUGGAGCGAGUGCUGCGCAGCUACGACGAGCGACUGGCCGGAAUCACGCCGCGGCACCACGCGAAUCUCGACAGCGCGCGCUGGAAGCUCGAGAAGACGCAGGAGAAUGCGUCAAUGUACACGGAACGCAUCCGCCACGUUCGGUCGGACCUCCAUCUCCCCGACGAC